AUGCAAAACGAGGAGCACCGCGAGAAACACAUUCUGCUCGACGACAUCGUGACCCUCUUGGAGGAUCUGAAGCGCGACCCAGGCGCCAAGUCCAAGCCCAGCACUGACGCCAAGCCCGCCAGCACAGCGAGCGACAAAGACAAGGCGGAUCAAGGCGGGCUGAUCAUCCGAGAAAUGGUAAUGCAAACGAUGAAACGCCGCGCCGACGUGACGACAGAGGGCGGCGAACUAAAAGAGAAGACCGCUGUCGAGGGUCGCCGCAGCAGUCUAGCUACGGCCAUCGAGGUGGACUCCGAGCGAGACAGGGCCAUUCGCGAAAAGAGAUUGAGUUCAACAGACAGGGAGGAGCGCAAAGCAGAGCGAGAGCAUCAAGCUGCACUUGCAAAAAUUGAAAGCGAAAAAAUGAUCAACUUGAUCAAUGCGGCGCUCAGUAGCAGAAAGUAG